AUGUCUCACCCAAAACACGACCCCCGCCCCAACGUCCUCAUCAUCGUCGCAGACGAUCUAGGCUUCAGCGACUGCGGGUGCUUUGGCGCGGAGAUCUCGACGCCGAAUAUUGACGCCCUCGCCGCCGAGGCGAACGCGCUGCGCUUUACGAAUUUCCAUGUUGCGGCUGCGUGUUCGCCUACGCGCUCUAUGCUUAUGACGGGAACGGACCACCACAUCGCAGGCCUCGGCCAACUCCAAGAAAUAACCCGCUCCUCCCCCGCCCACGCCGGAAAACCGGGACACGAAGGGUACUUGAAUUCGCGGGUUGUCGCGCUCCCCCAACUCCUCUCUGACGGCGGGUACUUCACCUGCAUGGCCGGAAAAUGGCACCUUGGCCUAAAACCCGAACACCACCCUAUCGCGCGCGGGUUCCGGCAAUCGUUUGCGCUCCUGCCCGGUUGCGCGAAUCACUAUGCGUAUGAACCGCAAUAUGCGGAUCCAUCGACGGAGCCCGGACGCUUCUUUGAGACGGCGACGCGCGCGCUGCAUGUUGAGAAUGACCGGUUUCUGGGGCGGUUGCCCGAGGGGUUCUAUAGUAGUGAUGCGUAUGCGGAGAGGCUUGUGGAGUACCUUGAAGGGAGAGAUGAGGAGGAGAAGGCGAUGCCGUUUUUCGCGUAUUUGCCCUUUAGCGCGCCGCAUUGGCCGCUGCAGGCACCGAAGGAGGUAUGUGAGAAAUAUCGCGGGGUUUAUGAUGAGGGGCCUGAGGUGCUGAGGCAGAAGAGGUUGGCGAGGUUGAAGGCGCUCGGGAUGGUGGAUCCAGAGGUUGAGGCACAUCCCGUUGUUUUCUCCGAUGGGAGGACCGAGGGGUGGGAGGAGCUGCCGGAGGAGGUGAGGAAAGCGUCGAGUCGGGCGAUGGAGGUAUACGCCGGGAUGGUGGAUCGGAUGGAUUGGAAUAUCGGGCGGGUUGUGGACUAUUUGAAGAAGAUUGGGGAGUAUGACACUACGUUGAUUCUCUUCAUGAGCGACAAUGGGGCGGCGGGGGCAAGCUACGAAGCUGCUCCGCUUCUCGGGGAUAACAUCAUGGCACAUGUCCACAAGUACUAUGACAACAGCCUGGAGAAUAUCGGGCGGGGGAACAGCUUUGUCUGGUACGGGUGUCGCUGGGCCCAGGCUGCGACGGCGCCAUCCAGGCUGUUCAAGAUGCACUCCACGGAAGGAGGGUGUCGCGUGCCGCUUGUUGUCAAGGCACCGCAGGGGUUAGCAGGGAAAGCGCAGGGUGGGAUCACGGAUGCCUUCUGUACAGUCAUGGACAUUGUCCCGACCGUGCUGGAAAUGGCCAACCUUGGCCACCCAGCACAGUACCAGGGCAAGGAUGUGGCACCGCUGCGAGGGCUAAGCUGGGUUCCGUUUCUUUCGCAAGUAUGGUCGACGGCUGGAUCAGAACCAUCCUCAGCGCCUCUCGAUCAGUAUCAUCAGAUUCAUGGCCCUGAUUAUGCUGUCGGCUUUGAGGUCGCGGGCUCUGCAGCCUUGCGAAGAGGCGACUGGAAGAUUACGUUUGUUCCGGCACCCGACGGCCCACAGAAAUGGGAGCUAUUCAACAUCCGAGAGGAUCCUGGUGAAGUUCAUGACUUGGUAGCGCAGAAGCCGGAGUUGCUAGAUGAGAUGCUACAGCUCUGGAAAGAAUACAAAACGGAUGUCGGGAGUGUUGGGGUGGCAGGCGAGUUUGAACGCUCUGUGCAGGGGGCUGGGACUAUGCUGGACGAGAUGGACGAUCCGUAUGCGUGGAUCAAGUAUAUUGGCAGACCAGAGAUUACGCCAGAACGCCUCAAGAGCGUUGUACCGCGUGUACCGAAGUAG